AAACAAGCCGCCGCCACUUUGUUGCUCAGUGUUGCCUCUGAUUCCAUCGCAUCAGUGCACCGGCUCUCACACGAUGGCACUGGCUGAUGCGGAGCGCGCUGUGUCCAGCUGCGGCGGCGGAGACUCAUUGUCCUGCUCCCCGUUUUCAGAAAUCAUCGAGCUGAACGUCGGCGGACAGGUUUAUGUCACCAGGUACAAAACUCUCGUCGCCGUGCCAGACUCGCUCCUGUGGAACAUGUUCACCAAAAAGUCGCCCAAGGACUUGGCGAGAGACAGCAAAGGGCGCUUCUUCUUGGACAGGGACGGCUUCUUGUUCCGCUACAUCCUAGAUUACCUCCGGGACCUGAACCUGGUCCUCCCGGACUACUUCCCUGAGAAGAGCCGCCUGCAGAGGGAGGCUGACUUCUUCCAGCUGCGGGACCUCGCCAAACGCCUUAGCCCGCGGGUGAGUAAAGAUAAUUCCCUCAGCGAAGAGAUCAUCCAGAGUGACACAGAGGAAGGUGCGCAGCAGUGCGGCUCCUCCGUCUGUAUGGAGACUUUGCGCGCAAUGUCGGUCAGCGGUGCCAUGCGCUCUCCAUCGCUGGACUCCAGAAAGUCUGGCUACAUCACGAUAGGAUACCGCGGCUCCUACACCAUUGGAAGAGACAUCCAGACCGAUGCCAAAUUCAGGAGGGUGGCGCGCAUCACCGUGUGCGGGAAGACGUCUCUGGCCAAAGAGGUGUUUGGGGACACGCUGAACGAGAGCAGGGACCCGGACAGACCGCCGGAGAGAUACACAUCCCGCUACUACCUCAAGUAUAAUUUUCUAGAGCAGGCAUUUGACAAGCUGACAGAGGUGGGCUUCCACAUGGUGGCCUGCAGCUCCACAGGCACCUGCGCCUACACCAGCAAUGAUCCAAACGAGGACAAAAUCUGGACAAGCUACACCGAAUAUGUCUUCUGUCGGGACUAAUAACUGCAACAUUCACGUGAUCAUGUUGAUGUAAAUAGAAGGGAAUGUCUUAAUUAAUGUUGCGUUUGGUGUGUUGAAUGGCAAUGUUUGGCAAAAGCAAAUUCCAUUCCCAUUCUACUUCAAAACAACCAAGCAGCAGAGUUAAAAAAUACCAAAAAAUACCAAAAAAUAAAAAAUACUUUAAUGACACAGACACUCAAAGGAGUAUGUGUUAAGAGAAGAUAAUGUCAUUUGAAUUAUAAAUUGAAUAGCACAUCAUUUGAGAUGUUACACUCAUCCAAAGCCCUAACAGCACUCAAGGGAAUUAAGUCAACUUAAACUGAAGUUGCCAUGUUAUGAAAAGAUCAAUUCAGAUAACAUGUUUCUUUGAUUGAACUUUAGAGUGUUACCAAAAUCGAGCUAUUUUUCCCCCCCACUUUGUCAACCAUUUUCUUGUUUCUUGUUUUGUCAGCGUUACUUGACAAAAGUGCUGUGUGAAGUGAGCGGCGUCCGAGGACUGGCGAGCAGAACAUUCAGUGUCAUUUUAAUCUUGCUUGAUCACGUUUUGCCACCUUUUUGUAUCAUGUAAUUGUCUCUUACAGCAGACCUAUCGCUGACAUGAUUGUAAGUGUAUACGUGCUUGCCUGGUAGAGUUGUGUCUGUUAAACUUGCUCAGAUGAAAAUAAAAUCUUCUACUCCGUUAUUCUCA